AUGGAAAAAACAGGAGAAUCAAGCUUGAUAAAAAGAUACCAUGGAGGUGCGCUUCAACUGCCAAACGCAAAGCAAAGGCGAAAACAGACUUCGUCUUCGUUGACUUACGUAACCGUGAUUGCACGGGCCAUACUGAGUUCACCCCUCCAGAGACUGCCCUUGAGUGAGAUCUACAAGUUUAUCGAGCAGCGCUUCCCUGAAUUCACUGAGAACAGAGCUAGAUGGAAAAACACUGUUCGCCACAAUUUGUCCCUGCACGACUGUUUUUUGCGUGGCGAAGUGUCUGUUGACAAGAAAGGGUGCAACUGGAGGAUCCACCCAUCCUUCAUCGCCGAUUUCCGCCGCGGAGACUUCUCAAGGCAUAAGUUCUCACAACUUGAUACAGCAGCUUCGUCUUUGGAAAGAAGGUAUGCGAUGAAUCCGCAUUUAGCUAACGCCGAUGUGAACCAGGGUACUCGUUGCUACUUUUGCCAAUCAGCUGGCUUUGUUUUCCCAUCGCCAUGUUUGUUACGGCAGUUUCAACGGCAAGGAACGCAGCACCCACAGAUCCCUCGAUUUCCAUGGCGGCCUGGGAUUCUCUAA